AUGGCGGCCGCAGGGCCGAGGGUCCGAAGACAGAGUUCUGUGAGUAAAAUGCUCUCUGUAAUCGUCGAGAGAAGAAACAGAAAUGAACAAGAGGCUGCGGAGUUCGUUGUGAUUGAGAGCACUUCUUUCUGGACCCAGUUAUUCAAACAUCAUUUUGUAGAAUCAAUAGAUGAACUACGGGAUGAUAUGUUGUUUUACGUUCGUAAAAGAGAAGAAAUAGAUAGAGAUCAAGUACAGGUCAAGCUUGAUGUUUUUCGUAGAGAUGCAAAAAUUUUACCUAGCCUAGGGGACCCUGAUAUCGACUGGGAGCAAAGUGUUUACCUCAAUCUGAUUCUACAGCAGUUUGAGUACACUUUAACGUGUGCAAUAUGUAGAAAACCUGGUAAAGAUAUCCACGUUAUUAAGAAACAUUCGCAGAGUGUGUAUGCAUCUCCGAGCAAAAGACAGAUGGACAGCAAAGGAGAAGUAGCGGAAGUCGCUUAUCCAAAUAUUUAUUUUAUCAUUGAUAAUUUUGAUGAGGCUUUUGGUGACAUGAUGAUAGAAGAAGGUCAGAUGGUUUGUGUGGAGUUAGUGGCACAAGAAAAACUUGGUACAUUUCAAGGUGUAAUUUUCUUAGGUUCUGUCAGAUAUGAAGCCCUGAGGAGAGUCUAUGAAGGACGGGCAAGUAUGGCUUCCAGAAUAGCUCAACGGAUGUCCCUAGGAAAGUAUACAGGACGAGGACGAAUGGAAUUCAUUCGAAUGAAGGGUCCUGAGGGCAAAGGUCAUGCCGAGAUGGCUGUCAGUCGAUACAAGCCAGAUGACGGUCAUGACAGUUAUUACAGUAGUGAUGAGAACUUAGACUCACAGGGUGCAUCUCCUCUUCACCGACCACGUGCUAUAUGUAGUCAGCCAGCAUCAGCGUCUUCCAGCCCGCCAGAAAUCAGGAAAUCUUUGUCGUAUAACGACAACUUAGCCGGAGUGCAGCAGUAUCAAUUACCGUCCGGUUACUCCAGUGAUCAGAGUUCAAGUCCUGAAGAUGAAGGUUGGGAUGAAUUUGAAUCUAAAGCAUCUUGGGUUGGUGAUAACUCCCAGACUAGUAAUUGGAGAAGUAGACUUGGUCAGUCACUAAAUUGGUUGAGGCGGUCACCGCGGAAACCAAGGACCCUGAAUCUAAAUACAUAUCUCACCUAUGUGACUUUGCCAUGGCACAGAAUCAUUGCAGAUAUUCUGGAAGUGAGGCAGUUGCCGAUAAUAACUCAUAACCUUGGCCUAGACAGCUAGCAACAGUGGUAUCUAUGGGGUUAGGUAGUGACGAACAGACAUAACAACACAUAUCAGUACUACAUAUGCCAG